AUGACCGACAAAACCCACGUCAUCGACGAAGACGGUGAAGUGAUCAUAAUACUCGAAAAUGCCAAUGCCCCUUUUGCAGUCUGGAGUGACAAUGAGCAAGACGUCGAAAUACCGCAGGAAUUAGAGACCAAGAACGACGAAACAGCAAAAAAUGAGUACCGCAUCCAAGUCUCCGCAAAGCAUUUGAUGCUCGCCUCGCCUGUGUUCAAGAAAACUCUGUCUGGAGGAUGGAAAGAGAGUUUCAACUUUGUCAACAAAGGGUCAGUGGAGAUCAAAGUGGACAGUUGGGACAUUGGGGCCUUUGUUAUUUUUAUGAAGAUUAUCCACUGCCGACUCAAUGCUAUACCGCGCAAACUGAACCUGGAAUUGCUCUCCAAGAUCACUGCUUUGGCAGAUUAUUACGGAUACCUUGAUAUAAUGAGCAUCUUUAGGGAUGUCUGGAUCAGCCAACUGCGGAACAAUUUUCCUACAUCGCACUGUCGAGACUUGCUUCUGUGGCUGUGGAUCUCAUGGGCCUUCCGGGUUCAUGACCUGUUCCAAAAAGCAACCCUGACUGCAAUGGCACAAAGCAACGGAUGGAUUACGAACCUGGGACUGCCAAUCCCAGAAAAGAUCAUUGAUACCAUGAAUGACCAGCGGCAGAGUACCAUUUACAACAUCGUUGACUCACUUCACCAAAAGAAAGAAAACCUUCUCCACAGUGAUUGCCAUCCUUGCAAUGCGGCGUUGCUUGGUAAUCUCAUAAUGGAAAUGAAUUCGAACGGUCUCCUUUCACCAACGCCCACUGCUCCAUUCCUGGGAAUCAGUCUCUGA